UAUUCUAAGGAGGAAGGAGGUGAUUGAAACCAACCACAAGGGAGGAGAUUCCAUCGCGAGAGAUGCCAUUUUUCUCCUUGUGGAAGGUUUGAUAAUCGCACGCCUCCUAAGUCUUGUCUAUUCAGGUUUUGAAGAAUGGAAGAUUCAAACAGGUUGUCAAACACGGGAAAUUACGGAUUCAUAGGAAGACAAUCACGAGUUCCACAUAAAGACUUAGGAAAAAACAUUCCUCGUAUGAACAAUAUGCAUCAUCACCACAGUGCUUCUUUUGAUGAUCUUCUCAUAGAGGAACAACCAGCUUGGCUCGAUGAGCUUUUAAAUGAGCCAGCAUCACCUAAGAUUAACAAAGGCCAUAGACGUUCAGCUAGUGACACAGCUGCUUACUUGAACUCAUCUAUAAUGCCUUUUAAGGAAGAUGAGCUUAUGAAAAAUCAUGUUUCUGGCCCUUCUUGGCAAUUUCAGAACUAUGAUUUGUGGCAGUCUAACCCUUAUGAAAAACACAAUGGAUCUAAUCUCCAAACACAUAUGUCAUAUGGAGUUGUAAAAAGAUUAGGUACCUCAACUCCAAAAUCCAUGAAUACAGGAAAAAUGAAAGAAGGGACUAAUUCCACAAAACCGGAUGGUCCUGGAUCAAAGGCUGACACUAAACGUAUUAAACAUCAAAAUGCUCAUCGGGCACGUCUAAGAAGGCUGGAGUACAUAUCAGAUCUCGAAAGGACCAUCCAAGUACUACAAGUUGAAGGAUGUGAAAUGUCAUCCGCCAUUCACUACUUCGAUCAGCAGCUAAUCAUGCUUAGCAUGGAAAAUAGAGCUUUAAAACAACGUAUGGAUAGUUUAGCAGAAAUCCAAAAGCUUAAACAUGUGGAGCAACAAUUUCUUGAGAGAGAGAUAGGGAAUCUACAGCUUCAACGACGCCAACAACAACCACAACAGAACAAAAAAAUAGUGCAACCGAUACAACAAAACCGACACAACAAGUAUCAACCAAAUGUCACACAAGAACCUGAAUCCCAGUUUGCAGCCUUGGCAAUAUGAUUUGUUCUAGGAAAAUAUGGAUCCAUUACAAGUAUAAAAUUCAUAUCAUGUUUUAUACAAGCUUUGUUUGCUCUUUCUUAAUGUCAAUACACCAUAGGUAAACCUCUUGAUGUUUGUAGUCUUGAAUGAAUUCCUUAACAAAUCAUGAUUAUGUAUGUCAAAAUGAUUAUACAAUUUCUAUAUUGUAUUUCUCUAUUUAUGAUAGUUAGAGAAUCUACUGUCA